AUUUUUAUAAAUUGAAUUAUAUAAAUAAUUCAUAGAAUUCAUCAAGAAGCUUUAUAUAUUGUUUAAAAUGCAAGGUUUAUUUAAGUUUCUUAAAAGUCGUCCCGUGUUUUGGAUAAGUGUUACCGGCACUACAGUGGGUCUAGCAUGUUUUGUUAAAGACCUAAUGCAAGGUGGUAAAUUUACCAAGAAAAGUAAAGCUGAAGGAAAAGUUGUGAUUGUAACCGGAUCAAAUACCGGCAUUGGCAAGGAAACAGUAAGGGAGCUGGCCAAAAGGGGAGCUACAGUGUAUAUGGCCUGUAGGGAUAUGAACAAAUGUGAAGAGGCCCGUGAAGAAAUCGUUUUGGAAAGCCGCAACAAAUAUGUUUAUUGUAGGGAAUGUGAUUUGGCUUCUAUGGAAUCGAUACGUAAAUUUGUAGACAACUUUAAAAAGGAACAGGAUCGUUUGGAUAUUUUAAUUAAUAAUGCUGGCGUUAUGCGUUGUCCUCGUUCUUUGACCAAAGAUGGUUUCGAACUACAAUUGGGUGUUAAUCAUAUGGGACAUUUUUUGCUUACAAAUCUCUUAUUGGAUUUAAUUAAAAAAUCAUCUCCCAGUCGCAUAGUUGUAUUGUCCAGUUUGGCGCAUACUCGUGGUGAGAUCAAUAUUGGUGAUUUAAAUAGUGAAAAAUCGUAUGAUGAAGGCAAGGCUUACAAUCAAAGUAAACUAGCAAAUGUGUUGUUUACACGAGAAUUGGCCAAGAGAUUAGAGGGCACUGGUGUCACUGUGAAUGCUCUACAUCCCGGUGUUGUUGACACCGAACUCUUCCGUCACAUGGGCUUCUUUAAUUCAUUCUUUGCCAGUCUGAUAUUUAAGCCUUUGGCAUGGCCUUUCCUUAAAUCUCCUCAAAAUGGAGCUCAAACAACUUUGUAUGCUGCCCUAGAUGAAGAUUUGGCGAAUGUUAGCGGUCAAUACUUUAGUGAUUGUGAAAUUAAAGACGUUGCACCACAAGCAAAAGAUGAAUCUUUGGGAAAAUGGCUGUGGGCAGUAAGUGAGAAAUGGACGAGAUUGACAAGUUAGAUAUUAAAAAAUAAUGAUUGAAUUCUGUUUUAAUAAACUGAUUAAAUGACUGGCAUUUUUUAAAGCUUAACAUUUAUUUUAUAUGAAAACCUUAAAA